AUGUGUGCGCUGCUGCCGGCUUGGCUGUGCUUGCUGCUCGGCUUCCUGCCUCUGGAGAUCCAGUCCCGGGCUUUGACUCUGCAGAGCCUCACUCACAGACACAGGUUGAGUUUACCCAGAGCGUCUAAAUACCCAAAGUCAUCUUACAACGCCAUCAUGCCCACUGCGUCUGACCUCUCCGUUGCCAUUGACAACCACAUCACGCAGGGAGAGAGACAUAUCAUCUGGAGGGCCCAGCUCCACAAAGAGCCCCCGCCGAGGUUGUCCGACCCGUUGCUUGACCAGAGUGAUAAUGUGCUACAGGAAGAGCCAGCCUGGCAACGUGGGUCACGGGGUCGUCGCCAUGCCAACAGUGGCGGCGGAAGGGGCCACGGACAUCUCAUGAGGGUCGGGUGUGUCCUGGGCACCUGUCAGGUUCAGAACCUCAGCCACCGUCUCUACCAGCUGAUUGGACAGAGCGGGAGGGAAGACUCCUCCCCCAUUAACCCUCGCAGCCCCCACAGCUACGGCUAAGACCACACCUCGAAUCUAGCCAGGCGCCUUUUAUUGACAAAUGUUGGCAAGUUACCCAGGUCCUUUGUUGCAUCAGUAAACAUAAUCGCUGGCUGGAUUAUGUUUUUUGAGUGAGUGAAGAGCUACCUUUAUGUAAUAUCACAGGGAGGUGGUCAGAGUGGACAGCAAGCAUACAAAGCGUAGGAGCAGAGUUCGAAAUACUUUGACAGUCACAUAUUGGUGUGUUCAGUAACUUGCCAGGUACACUAAUUAACAACAUUUUCUCAUUAUAUUAGUAGAAAAUGUCAUUCUCUCAAAACAUAUUGACUGUUCCAAAUUAGUAGUAUAUGCAGGUAAUUUCUAGGUAACAAGGUUCGUCCCUGACCAUCAAUCAAUGAUGUCAACAAUCGAUCAAAGAAUGAUGAAGAUGAAGAUAAUUAUGGUUUAAUUUGGGGUCUUAUAUUUGUAGUUUUGAGUAUCAUUCUUAUUGGUAAUAACAUUUUCUUUACAUUACACAAUAACAUUGUGCUAAGAUCUUGGAAUGUGGAGACAUUGCUAAAAAAGAAGUCAGACCGUGCAAGAAACACAAUCAGACAGACUUUAAAUAAAUCACCAGGUCGGCCAAACAGGGUGAAUAAAAGGGGGAAUUAUUACCCAAAGUGCAGAGAAACUUGCACGGUAGGGGUUACAUGGCAGAUGGAGACAGCCAAAGGCAUCAGUAGGCCGCCUUUUGGUAGUCCUGUAGGCUUGACAACAGGUAAUCAAAAAUCAGGUAACUAGUCAUAAAGCACAUAUUCUUUAAUCGUAGUAGAAUCAAACUUUACUGUUCUGGAUCUCUCUCACUGCUUUCAUAGUUUUUGGCUGCAGGAGGCAGCUGUUUUCAGCCAAAAAGUUCUGAAAGCUGACUGUACGUCACCUGCUCAGCACCAAACAGACACAGUUACGAGUUUGCCAACAAAGUGGAGCAUUUAGCAGCUAAAGCAUAUCCAUUGUAUUUUUGGUACUAUGGUAUAAGCCCCACGUGACCCUUACUUUGCAGUUUGUAUCGGUGCCUCAAGAGACAUCCCACAGUUUACAGGCCAACCUCCUGGUUUAACUUAUUACCGCAAACAUUGUAGUUUGGUUUUUACCUCCAUAAUAAAGCGGUUUAGAUAAACUGGCUUAACCAUUGGCUUGUUUGAUCAGCUGACUGAGAAAACACAUUGGGUUUCUUGCGCCAUCAGACUUUGAUGUAUAGAUGUUACCAUGUUCCCAGAUCUAAGUAGUUACUCCGGUGAAUACAAUGUUAUAUAACCUGUGGAUGAUGGUAAAUACGAUGAAAAUACGUUAUAAUAAACCAGUAUAUCUGUAUUUUUCACAUCAUGUUUCCUUUAAGAACUGUUAUUGCCCAUUACCACCACUUAACUGCGGUGAAACGAGUCCUAGGGGUUUUAGGAUUUAUAUAGUAACUACCAUUGAGACAGUAUAUGUAAACAAGAAGAACUGUGAUCCAGAGAAGCCUCUUUAAAACUGGCCUACCUGACUAAUGUCUACUAUCGUCAUCAAUGGUGAUCCUGCUGAUCUGAAUUUACCUGAGCUCCAAGCUAAUCCACGCUGUUCCUUAAAAGCACCCUCAGCUCCCUCUGUGAACAAGUAGCUUUACUUCAGUGGGGACAGAAACCAAGAAUAACUUCCAAUCAAACCCAGUUAACCUUUCACCCAAAACCCCACAGAGCGCACAAUUAGCCAAAAUAACCACUAACCCUAAUCCAUCCACUGUCUGUACGCAUCUUAACAGAUAGCUUGUCCCUUAACAAGUGAACCAGAAAGAGGACAACUACACUGUAGAGUGAUUUUUUUUACCUGCAAACUGCAUUAUUCUGAUUGUUCUCACUAUAAAGUCUGUUUUUGAGCCUUAAUUGGUUUAAUUAUUUGCCUUAUAUUGUUUUGCCUAUCACCUACAUAAAUUAAGCAUUAUGGUAAAUGUUGACUAUUAAAGUGUUAUUUGAAACUUUAUAGUCGUAGUCCAUAUAGAACGAUGCUAGUUCAUUAUAACUGCAGUUUCAGUAGUUGUUCUUACUGGUUAAACGUUAAUAGAAAUGCAUGAAAGCACUUUAUUUUUCUUUACAUUCAGUAUGACUUGAAUUUUAAAAAUGUGUUAUUUAACUUAAAGUAAAUGAGAUCGUUUUGCUGUAAAUAUCCCACUUUACUAAAUCUUCAUGUCCAUGAGUUCCUUCAAGGUACAAGUGUCCUUUUGUAAAACCGCCUGUGUUGCUUUC